AUGUUUGGACGGCCCAACGUGUUCGUGACAACCCCGGACGCAAGCAAACGAGUGAUAAUGGGCGACGAAGCCUUCAAGCCCGGCUGGCCCACCUCCACGAUGGAGCUAAUGGGCAAGAACUCCUUCAUCGGAAUCUCCUACGAAGAGCACAAGCGGCUCCGUCGUCUGACCGUCGCCCCGGUCAACGGAUACGAAGCCCUCUCCCUCUACAUGACCUUCAUAGGAGAGAACGUCGCUGUCGCGCUGGAGGAAUGGUCCUCUGCCGGGGAACCCUUGGAGCUGCUGACCCAGCUCCAUAAGCUCACAUUCCGGAUCAUAAUAUUCAUCUUCCUCAGCUCCAAAGCGCUCAAGGCACGCAAGAAAGUGGUGGAUGGGCUGCACUCGAUCCUAUACCAACGCAGAAAUAGAGUCAAACACGAAGAUGAUAGUGGGAAGCAGCAGUUGGGAAAGAAUAAGAAGGUGGACAUGAUGGAAGAAUUGAUGGGCGUGGAAGAUGAGAAUGGGCGGAAGUUUAGAGAUGAAGAGAUCAUCAAUAUUCUGUUGAUGUAUUUGAAUGCUGGCCACGAAUCCUCUGCUCAUGUCACCAUGUGGGCAACUGUGUUACUCCAUCAGCACCCUGAUUGCCUUUGCAAAGCCAGGGAGGAGUCAGAGGAAGUCGUAAGGCGAAGGCCAGCUCAUCAAAAAGACCUGUGCAAACUUCAAGCCCUUGAAAUACGCCAAAUAGAUUACCUAUCUAAGGUGAUAGAUGAGACACUAAGAUUUAUAACAUUCUCACUCGUUGUAUUUAUAUUUAAAGAAGCGAAAACAGACGUAGAUACGUGCGGUUAUACGAUUCCCAAGGGUUGGAGGGCACUAGUUUGGUUUUGGGGUGUGCGUUUGGACCCAGAGGUAUACCCAAAUCCAAGAGCAUUUUACCCUUCCAGAUGGGAUAAUCUGAAGCCAAAGGCGGGUACUUUCCCACCAUUUGGAGCAGGAAGCCAUAUGUGCCCUGGAAAUGAUUUUGCUAAGAUCGAAAUCGCUGCUUUUUUACACUAUAUCCUCGUCGGUUAUGAGUUGGAACUUGUGAAUCCAGAGUGUCCAAUACAGUACUUGCCUCACCCGCGACCGAAAGACAACUGUUUGGCUCGUAUCAAAAAGAUAUCACAACAUGGGUAG